ACUUCUUGAUGCCAUUCUUGUAGGUUUAAGUCUGGAAUGAAUAAUUACACCAUCAGCAGACAAAGUCUGUUUGGUCACCCCCUAAUGGUAUCUGUGCCAAGAUGGGAAUGUACGUACGAAAUGUUGUACAACACAAUCCUCAAGCAUAUGUCUCGAUAUGUGCAUCAGCCUAGCAAGGAUGAAGAGUGGUGGAUUGACAGUAGUCCAGAAGGAGUUAAUGGAGAGGUAGAUAUGUCCAAUGGAUAUAACAAAUUGGUGGACAAUGGAGACGAUGAAGGCGUGAGUGAUACAGAAGAAAGUGUGACAGAACCUCCAAGUUUAUUCGUUAUCAGCAGUGUUAAUCCACAUGCAACCAUAGAGGUGGAUGAUUUUAAAAAUGAUGAUUUACCUCUUAAUUUAACGAAUCGUACAUAUGUUGCUGUUGACUGGCAUCCCAAGGCCAAGAAAAAAUUCUAUGAUGAGAAAGAGGCCAAUGAAUAUACUAUUCACGAAUCGAUGAAAGCAAAUUUAUCACCCAAAGUUCAGCCGAUAAAGUUGAGUGAAUGUUUAAAACUCUUCAUGGGCACAGAGAAGCUGGGAGCUGAAGACCCCUGGUACUGUCCACAUUGUAGGAAACACCAGCAAGCUACCAAAAAGUUUGACCUCUGGUCAUUACCUCAAGUUCUUAUAAUUCAUUUAAAACGGUUUUCUUGUAACCGUUACUGGAGAAACAAGAUAGACAGUCUGGUAGAUUUUCCAGUUAGUGGGCUGGAUAUGACACAUUAUGCGAUAGACCCUAACCAUGGUCCAGCAACUUAUGACCUUAUAGCUGUAGCCAACCACUUUGGAGGAAUGAGUGGUGGUCACUAUACAGCCUAUGCCAAGAAUAAAGAUACACACCAGUGGCAUUACUUUGAUGACAGUAAUGUCUCCCCUACCUCAGAGGAAAAUAUUAUUUCCAAAGCAGCCUAUGUCCUGUUUUAUCUAAAGAAACCAGAAGCUGAGACGAGGAAAGAAGAGACAGUAACUAUUUCUCAAAACGGACAAUUAAGGAAUAAUGAGGAAGAUUACAACAUGGAUAUACAUUAACCACCAAACAGUUUAGUAAUAUUGUUGGAUUAAUAAUUAACGGCUCUCUUGGAGAAGAAAGAAAUUUAAAAGUAAAGUUUAUAGUGAAAGUGUUAAACCAAAAAUAAGAAUUUUAACUCGUGUUCAACUACAGUGUUUUGUACAUACAGCUAGAGUAGUCAAUUCAAACCUCAUCAAGGGUACAUCUCUAAAUACUGAAAAGGUGCAGUUUUUGGAAGAUUUGAACUGUUGCUCUUGGUUGCUUUAGUCAUCUUUUCAUAAGAAAUGUUGUUUUUAAUUAAUACAAUGUAUUUUAACUUGUUGGGAAAGUUGUUUUCAGGAAUUACAAAAACAGAAUAAUGAAACAAUGUUAUUAAUUUCCUAAUUGUAUAAUAUGAAACUGAAUAAAAUGAAAUGU